AUGCCGCCACAGUGCCUAGCAAAAAGACCUGUCUCCCGGGGGGGGGGGGGGGGGGGGGGGGUGGGGGGGGGGGGGGGGGGGGGGGGGGGGGGGGGGGGGGGGGGGGUUGGGGGGGGGGGGGGGGGGGGGGGGGGGGGGGGAGGGGGGGGGGGGGGGGGGGGGGGGGGGGGGGGGGGGGGGGGGGGGGGGGGGGGGUGGGGGGGGGGGGGGGGGGGGGGGGGGGGGGGGGGGGGGGGGGGGGGGGGGGGGGGGGGGGGGGGGGGGGGGGGGGGACAGAUCUGA